CUUUUACCUCAUAGGCCCACAGGCUCAUAUGUACUGUAGGAUCUUCCAUUCAGGGGUCCCGUUCGAUUUCGAUGGGGCAGUGCACUAAGAAUAACACCGGCAACUUGGCUUGAACAUUGAUUUGUACAGACCGGAACGAACUUCGAGAAGAAGUUACAUUAUAUCCGAAAACGAAGGCUAAAUAGCAUCAAGCCCCGUCAUCACGAAUGUUGUGUCGGAUCGCGAUACUAUCCCCUAACCGAUGAACUAGACCAUUCCGAUACCCGCCCAGCGCAGCGAGCGCGUUCCACUAAAAAUCUGUCGUUUCGUGAUAUUACAAAAUACACCUUUACGACAAAACCUCAACGUAAAACACGUUUCGUAAUCAUGCGCUUCUCUUCACGGUCGGCGCUGGCAUGCUCGGCGCUACUCUCCUUCCUCUCCCUCGCCUCCGUUUCCCUUGCCUCCGAUGCCGAUAAGACGACCACGUCCACAGCUUGUACAGCUACCUCGACGUCCGGCGCCUUUUUCGACCUAAGAGCCGAUAUAGCUAUCCAAGCGAACCCAGACGGCUCGAAACCCGCGCAUAGCAAUGGAGCACCUAUAGGGAACUACCAUGCUAAGGGAUACGACUACGGUUCCAACUUCACAUUGAACAUAUGCGGCGCCGUAGUGGAACCAGUUGAAGACGUCAUCGGCGUAGAGUCAAGCAAAUGGCAGAACGUCAGCGCGUACUAUACUUCUAAAGGCGAUAUAUAUAGCUUGGGUCUACAAUCCGGCGCCUUGGUUUCGAGGGGUAAAGAGCUUAUCCUACAAUAUACCGGAGGAUCACCAUGCGGGAAGAGCAAGAAGAGGGAAACCGAUAUUGAGGAGAGAAGUUCCAUCCACGAGGGCGCGGCUUAUCGGGGAUCUGACUACGAGCGCGAAGAGGAAGAGGAUUCGGUGUCGGCGACGAAAACUGCCACUGCGACGCCAGCUAAGGAGACGGACGAACCGAAGCGGAGAAAAUCGGCUACGAUAUUCUUUAGUUGUGAUAGAGAUCCGGGCGCUGGUGUGGCGCAGGUUUCUUUCAUUGCUACGGAUCCUGAAGAGUGUUCUUACUUCUUCAAGGUCAAGUCGCAACAUGCCUGUGCCGGUGUAGAACCGCAUUCACCUGGCAGCGUGGGACCGGGUUCGAUUUUCUUGAUUAUAUUCGCCAUUGCCAUCCUAGUGUACCUACUUGGUGGUAUCUUCUACCAGCGAACAGUAGCGCACGCAAGAGGUUGGAAACAACUACCUAACUAUACGCUCUGGGCUAGCGUGUGGAGUUUCAUUUGUGAUUUCUUCGUUAUCGUCACAUCUUCUUGUGCUCGUUUCCUCCCCGGCCGAAGAGGCUACCAUUAUGUCUCGGGUUCGCCGUCCGGAAGAGGUCGAAGCAACCGCGACGACGAAAACCGGCUGAUCGACCAAUACGACGAGGAGUGGGAAGAUUGAUUUUAUAUCUAUUCGUUCUCGGGCAUUUCUUUUCUUUCGUUUCUUGCAUGUUACUAUGCUACAUAGAUUCCUAGCACAUUUAUCUGGUCCUUAGAACUAGACAACAUUUCAGUAACCAAACGUUACAACGAUUUGGUGGGCGUUUGUUUUCAUCAAUAGGACGAAAACAUGGGAUCAACGACGGAGAAUUCGGGAUGCUCUGGGAUGCUUCAUUGGGUGUUAUUAUUUUUUUUAUUGACGCAGGUAGGCGGCGCAAAAUGUAUGUCUUGGGAAACUGGGAAAUUUUUAGCAUGUUUCAAGGUCAAUCAUCUCACGAGUGAGCUUGUUCGUCAUUCGAUUACACAAUGCUGUACGUAUGUAAGUAUGUACGUAAAAACUUGAAGACAAAAAAAGGGACAUGAUAUAAGAACUCCUGAAUGGUGCAUAUCUCAAAUU